CUUUUGCAUGCUCCCAUCAUGACCGUCAACACCCUAACAGUUGGCGCUGCUGUCACGCCUACCGUGAUCCACACAUACCUUUCACACUACCUCAACCGCCGCCCGUUGCGCGAAAAACCUACCGCACACAUCUCGUACCAUGAGGGCCUCGAGCUCAUCCGCCAAUUUCUACGUUACGCGUCCUUCCACACUGUCGACGAGCUACAAGCCUUUACCGCCCAAUGGGUACCCGUGCCCAUCUGGGUAGACGUGGACAGAAUCGAGAUACCAAAUGUCCAAUUGAAACGCGCAGCCGACUACAUACGGGCAGAGCUAGGACCACAAGGGAUUGAAGCGGUUGGCGGAAAAAGCUGGUGGGAAUGGAGACCCGACGAGGGGUCCGACCUAAAGGCUGAAUGGAUCGAGAUGCGCAAGGACAUGGAGGAACGCAAAAAGUCUCCACAUACCAAGGGCCAGCGCAUCAUGCUUUAUGUUCAUGGCGGUGCAUACUUCUUCGGCAGCGUGGACGAGCAUCGUUAUCAGAUGCAGAGACAUGCAAGAAAGUUGAAGGCACGAGUCCUGGCUCCGAGAUAUAGGUUGGCUCCGCAGUUUCCGUUUCCCUGCGGGCUGAUGGACUGCCUGGCUGCUUAUCUAUAUCUGUUGGAGCAGAAGCACGAUCCUUCCACAAUCCUCCUGGCUGGGGAUUCGGCAGGUGGAGGCAUGGUGCUAAGCAUUCUCAUCACUUUGCGCGAUCAGGGCAUCCCGCUUCCCGCUGGCGCGAUCCUGAUAUCGCCAUGGGUUGAUCUUACACACAGUUUUCCAAGUGUAAGCGGAGAUGGGAAAAUGGACUACAUUCCAGCUCAUGGAUUCAUACAUAAGCCCAGCAUGAGCUGGCCACCACCUAAUGCAGACGACAUGCUCGCCUUCGAACGCGCUCGAGGGAACACACCCAGGCAACCCGAGACGAAGUCGCCCAAUCCUAUAUCCGCGCGGCCGAGUAGGGAGGAGAGAGAAGCACGCAAAGAGGAAAAAGUAGAUCGCAUUCGCGGCUUCUCUGUGCAAUCCAAAGAUGCACCAGAUCUGAGCAGCAUCCUCGCGACCUCGAAUGCAGACACAACGGGAAACGACAUGUGGGUAUCCGAAGAUGGAAAAUACAGCAUCGGGCCAAAAUCCAUACUGUCUUUGCAGCUUGAUGACAAAAGAGUUGAAAUCAAAGACCAAAUUCAAUUGUAUGCCCCGAAUCACAUGCUCACGCAUCCACUGGUAUCCCCAGCGUUACAACCUUCGCUAGGCGGAUUGCCUCCUUUGUUGAUUCAAGUUGGUGGUGGGGAGCUGCUGAGGGACGAACAAAUAUACAUAGCUCACAAGGCUGCUGCUCCGCUUUCCUAUCUUCCUCCGCCAUCUAAUAACCAGACUGCCCAAACGAUUCAAGAGGAAGCCGCAAGACACAAACCUACGCACGUCCAGCUCCAGCUGUGGGACGACAUGUGCCACGUGGGCCCGACACUUAGUUUCACUCGCCCAGCCAAACACAUGUAUCGUAGCAUCGCACAGUUCGGUGCUUGGGCACUUGCUCGAGCGCAGAAAACUUCCAUCGACAUCAUGGACGAUGACAGUAUUUCGAUCGUUAGCAGUGGUAGCUCUGCUUCUUCGACUCAACAAACAUCGGACAAUCCUAUAUCACCAGAUGAAAUCAAGCUAAACAUGCCCCAGAGCGCGCUGCAAGUCGACUUUUCUAGCCUAUCAAAGAAAUCGACCGACGCCACAGUAGGCAGAGCAGGGGAUGCGCUUCCCCAAUUCAAAAAUCAUAUGAUCCGCCAUCGCGUCGACCGCCACGGUCGUAUCUACCCUCUUCCUCCACCGUCCCAAAUUGAAGCACUGAACCUACCCACGGCCGAUAUAGGUGUACCCAAACCAGGACCAGUCAACAAAUGGAUGAAGGCGUCUGGGCAGUGGAACGGCAAAUUUUCCAAGCAGAAGCUCAAAGUGCAGAAACAAAGGAUCAAGGACAUGACCAAGGGCUACGAGGGCUUCAACGACGAACAUCCGCCACCUACAGCUUUGGCCGGGCGCCAGGUCAAGGGUAUGGCUAAGACGAAGAAACCCAAAAAAUCAUGGGGAAUGGCGCUUUGGAGUAUCUGGGGGAGCAAGCACGAUGAAGUAACCCUUGAGCGCGAAGAACAAGCAGACCAAUCUCCAUCCCAACCAGACCCAUCCAUUACCACCGUUGCCCCUCCUGCCUCUAGGGACGGCACAUCUGAUAAAAAGCCCCCAUCCUCCCCCGAACGCUCUCGUUCUCGCCGCAAAUCCUUCCGUAAACCUCUUCUCUCUCCCUCGUUGACCUCGCGCUCUCGCUCUCGUCACUCAGCCGUGACUUACCAAAACCAGACAAGCUCUACCUCUGAAGACGAGCUCGCGAAACUCGCGCCACCUAUCCCGGGUUUUGCAGAUGCCACUGUCAUCGCGCCGGAGCGAUCGAACUCUGCGAUGCCGACACCUGCUCUCGAGACUCCGCUCAACUUUCCGGAGAAGGAUCAACCGGGUACACCUCGGAUCUUAGUUUCUAGCGAUGGAGAUGACGGUGCAAACGGGGCAUCUGCUCCUCCCGAGACAGUUAUACCACAGACAGAUACACUUACUACGCGCCCAACAAGAGGCGGUAUUGCAUACCCGUUUCGUUUGAAGGUUGAGGGGAAAGAUGUUGACGACGCAAAUGCGAGUACGUUGACGCUAGCGAGUGUCGAUGUUGCGACGCCUGCUGCGGAGGGUGAGGAGGUUGACCUCACACAAGGCGGGGAAACCGAAACUGGGAAAGCUACGGAGAGACCGGCUGCAGAGAGGUUCUUCACUGCAGAUGUGGGUGAACUUACGGGUGGUGCAGGGAAAACCGAUGGGCCUGCCACUACUUCCAACAUCCAGAAUACAGAGGGCGAAAAUCUCGAUGAAAAUGAAGGACAGUCCAGACCCGGCGUCGAGAGGUUCGCAACAGCGCUUGAAGAUCUGAACACUGUUGGGUCUGAGUCUGCUGCGAAAGCUUAG